UUGGGAUAACUAGUGCUAGUAGCAAACAAAGAGCAACCCACUGCUUUCUAAUCUGGAAAUGAGCUUCAGGGUAACCACGAGACUACCAAGGAUCUAUCAAUCUUUUCCCACUAAGCUUUUCCGUGUAAACUUCGGCGGCCCCGAUGUUGUCCUGCGACCGUGGAAGUUCGCGUCGGCGCUGUUCGACAUCAAAACGGACCGCGAAGGUUAUGUCUACUCGAGAGCUGAAGAUGUAGACGCUGGGACUUAUCUGGGCCCAAAUGGCGCCAUCAUGAGGCCGAACAGCCCCAUGCUACACGCUGUCCUCACCAAGCACUGGAUGCAUAGGGACGAAGGUGCGGUCAUUUAUGAGAUUGAGCAAGGGACCGAGGUUACUCAAGGUCUGACGCUCGUUCACGAGCGCAGCGAUGUUUUCUCCCUCCAACCAGAUACAAGGAUGCUUCUCUCAGAGUUCAACAAGGUGGUCACCCAGUUUCUGCAAACCAAUGGAAGAGUCUACACCAAGAAGCAGUUCCUAGAGGCGUAUCCGAGGCCUAUCAAGAUCGAAGGCGCACACAUUGUCCGGAGUAUCAUCAACCCCGGGCAAAAUAACGAAGCCGCCAAACGGUCGAUCGAGCGUCCAAAGAAACGGUGGCGGAGAGACUAUGAAGGACGGUAUGCAUUUGGGGCUUUCAAAGGGCCCAAGUUCUGAGUCCUUUUCCGACAAGCCUUCCAGAGGAGGACUGCUCUUUGCUCCGCUCUCAGCGAUUUGUCUGUGGCAAGGGUUGUGGCGUGGAAAUGUACAAUUAUAUGUGCGUGGUCGGUGUUGCUGGCGUAUCUCAAAGAGCUACUAUCUGAAUAUUACCUACUUAAGAGAUUUCUAUGUUCGCAUCAAGUUAUUCCGGCAGAGAACCAACAAUACCGUUUGAGAAAAGUGUUUUGCUCA